AUGUCGAAACUCGAAAGCUUUCUGUUGCUCUUCACAGUCAUCGUACCCUCAGCACUUUCCUUUCCUGGUCAUCAGGACUGGAUCUUGGCUGCGCGGGACCAAGUGGCUAUCGGUCACAACGACCUCUACAUCCCCGACCCGAAGAACCCCACGCCGUACAAGGAGCCUUUCACGUGGGACGAAAAGAUCAACUACUACGAAAAACACACCAACGGCUCAGGCAACGGCUACUAUCGGCGAGCUUCAUGUCCUGCGCUCAAUACGCUCGCUAACCGCGGGUUCAUCAACCGCUCCGGCCGCAACAUCAGCUACGACGAAAUCGCACAGGCUAUGCGGGUGGUGUGGAACUUUGGUGAUGACAAUAUCGCGCUUGUAGUCAGCCCGACUAGCCAAUUGCAUCCCGGCCCUCGUAUCGACCUCGACAACUUCAAUGAUGAUCCCGUGCAGUUUAUAGUCAACUGCAUCGCCGCUCCAACCCGAAAUGACAGGGGCAUGGGUGACAACGUCAACAUGAACCACACCCUCUUCGAGCAACUCCUCUCAGCCUCAAAGGAUGGCGAGACUCUGACGCUUGAAGACGCUGCGGAGCACCACCACCGCCGUCACAACGACUCCAAGGCCAUAAACCCCAAGUUCAGGUUCGGCAACCACGGCGCUGUCUGCUCGCUCGCGCAGUAUGCCAACUUAUUUGGUGUCCUGGGUCGCCGUGGUAAGCAUGGACCAACGACGUUGUAUAUCGAGGACGUGAAGAAAUUUUACCUGGACGAUGAUUGGCCUGUCGGAUACGAGAGACGUCAGCUGCCUUACUAUUCAACUGAGGCGGGUAGCUUUCUUGAGCGGAUGGCUAGACACAUUGGGUACGAGAUUCAGAGGCCUUAUCCUGCGAAUGAGUCGCAGUUGUAUGAUGUUGAAGGGGAUGUUGCUGUCUUUGAUGUGUUGCCUCCUUGGGGGCUACCGGAGAAGUACUAA